CGCCAAUUUCUGCUUCACAUCACAGCUUACACCAUCCUAAGCCUCUUUCUCAUCUCCAUGAAUCCAUAUCGGUCCCUGCCCAUCUACACCCCGCGGAUAGUCGCUCAAUACAGACAAAAGCGGCGAGAGGAGAAUCCACCACACAUAUUUGCCGUUGCAGAACGGGCAUGGCAGCAGGUCGGCGAGGAGAGAGAGUCUCAGAGUAUCCUAAUCACCGGAGAGUCUGGCGCUGGAAAGACUGAAAACACCAAAAAAGUCAUUCAGUACCUCGCGGCCAUUGCCUCCUCGGCCUCCUCUUCCAUGGCUGAGUCCUCCUCUUCCGGUCUCAUAAAAUCAGGAUCUCAAUCGCUCGCUCCGGCCAUUGGUCUGCCAAGAUCAUCCAGUUUCAAAGGAAAAGAAGCUUCUGAUAUAGACCUCGCAUCCGUUGCUUCGUCGAGUCUUGGGCUGUUGGAGAGGCAGAUCUUACAGGCCAAUCCGAUCCUCGAAGCGUUUGGUAAUGCUCAGACGAUGAGGAACAACAACUCAAGUCGGUUCGGCAAGUUCAUCAAGAUCUUCUUCUCGCCUGCUGGAGCGAUCGCUGGGGCCAACAUCGAUUGGUAUCUGCUGGAAAAGAGUCGAGUGACGGCACGAGCUUCGGGUGAAAGGUGUUUCCACGUGUUCUACCAGCUACUGGCCGGGGCGAAAGAAGCGGGCCUUACAGAUAAAUUGCUUCUACAUGGGGCUGCUGACCAAUUCGACUUCCUGAAAAAGAGUCGUCAGCAGAUUGACGGUGUGGAUGAUUUGUCAGAAUGGCGUUUGCUCAAGGAUGCUCUGGACGUGGUAGGCUUCUCUUCGUCUGAACAAUUCGAGCUGUUCCGAAUCCCAGCCAUCAUCCUGCAUAUUGGCAACCUCGCGAUCACUGGAUCAGGAUCCGAUCAAGCUUUCUUCGCUCCCGAAUCGCAAGCUAUUGCGGACAAAGUUUGUCACCUUCUCGGUAUUGACGUUUCCGAGUUCACGAAAACGGUGCUGCGUCCAAAAGUACGCGCCGGAAGGGAGUGGGUUACCCAGAGUAGAAGCAAGAAACAGGCAGAAGAUGAGCUCGGCGCACUUUGCAAGUUUGUGUACGAAAAGACAUUCGGGUGGAUGGUGGAAAGGAUCAACCGGGCCCUGGAUAGACCAAGUGCUAAGGCACUGUCCAUCGGAGUUCUGGAUAUUGCUGGAUUUGAGAUCUUUGAGCAAAACUCGUACGAGCAGCUCCUGAUCAACUUUACCAAUGAGAAGCUGCAACAGUUCUUCAACUUCCACAUGUUCACGCUCGAGCAGGAGGAGUACACUCGAGAAGGAAUCGAGUGGAACUUUGUCAACUUUGGCCUGGACCUUCAACCCACCAUUGAGCUCAUCGAGUCAUCGAUGCCUAUCGGAAUCCUCUCUUGCCUGGACGAAGAAUGUAUCAUGCCAAAAGCAACAGAUAGGUCAUUCUGUGAAAAAGUUCAUGAUCUGUGGGAGACCCGCAAGGGCAGCGCGCCGAAACAUCCUGGCGAGAGCAAAUUCAAGGCUGAUCGUCUGCGAGAUGGAUUCUUGGUGAAGCAUUAUGCUGGCGAUGUGGAGUACAAGAUAGAAGGCUGGCUGGAGAAGAACAAGGAUCCAAUCAACGAAGCUGUCGCUCGACUUUGCGCUGGGUCGGAAAUCCCUGCCGUGGCCUCAUUGUUCACUGAAUAUGCCGAGGACACCAGCCCGACGGGGGUGGUCAAAAAGGUCAAACGUGGAGCUUUUAGGACAGUCGGACAACGCCACAAAGAACAGCUUGGGCAACUCAUGAAGCAGCUUGGAACCACUCAACCUCAUUUCGUCCGGUGUAUCGUGCCGAACUCUGAGAAGCGCCCUGGAAAGCUCGAAGCCAAUCUCGUCUUGGAUCAAUUGCGCUGCAAUGGUGUCCUGGAGGGAAUUCGUAUCGCUCGCCUGGGAUACCCCAAUCGACACUCUUUUGCCGAGUUUAGGUCUCGAUACGAGGUCCUCACGCCUGGCGUCAUCCCGCCAGGAUACGUUGACGGACGCAAGGCAGCUGAGAAGAUUGCCUCAGCUUUGGAGCUCGACAAGGCAUUCUAUAAAGUGGGAGCGACGAAGAUCUUUUUCAAAGCUGGAGUGCUUGCGGAACUCGAGGAGCGACGAGAUAACCUUCUCACUGAUAUUUUUAGACGAUUCCAAUCUGCCGCUCGGAUGCACAUUGCCCAACGACGUAUUCGAAAGCUGCUCAACCGUGCUCAGGCGAUCAAGACGAUCCAACGGAACGCCAGAGUAUAUAUCGCCUUGCGAGAUUGGCCAUGGUGGUCCCUCUACGUCAAGGUUCGACCUCUGCUUGCCGCCACCAAGGCAGACGACGAAUUGGUCAAGAAGCAGGCCGAGCUUGCGAUUGCAAAGGAGCGAGAGCAGCGGGAACAAGAGGAACGUAAGAGGUUGGAAGAGCUCAAGACGACGUUGGCUGCUGAAAAGGCCAAGAUCGAGGACGAAUUGUCUUCGGAACGGCGGAUUGGCCGUGAUCGCGAUGAGAUGCUUGCUCGAUUGAAGACGAGGGAAGCGGAUCUCUUGGAGAAAAUCAAAGAGCUCGAAGGGGAUCUCGAUAUCCUUGGAUCCGAUAGAGAGCAAGCAAUCGCUUCGGCUGACAAAGCCAAAAGCAAACUGGAACGACUGCAGCUCGACUUUGACGCCAUGAUGGAUCAAGCUAGCAUGUUGGAGAAGCAGAGCACGCAGAUCAGACAACGCGAAGCGGAUCUGCUCAAGGAGUCGCAACAGCGGACGAGCAACCAGAGUCGACUGGAAGGUGAAAAGGAUACCUUGUCUCGAGAAGUAGAGACAUUGAAGCGGGAGGUGGGGCAGAAAGAGGAGGCUGUGAAGAGGUCGAGGGAGAGGAAUGACCUGGCGGUGAAAGAGCUGGAAAAGAGGCUGCAGUUGGAAAAGACGAGAAAGUGAGUGGUUGCGUCCUCCCUGAUCUUGGCUCAUUUGAAACAGCGAGU